GCGGAAGCUGGUCAGUUCUCACGCGUCGUUAACAGUAUGGCUAGUGGCUGAGGAUGUGGAGGAGAGGAGGUUGAAGAGCGGGAGACCUUGGUCGGAGCCCGGACUUUGUGGAUUGUAAUGCGGGCACGUAAUAGUGACAACCCCUCGGCGCCUUCCGUGUGGGCAGGACUUCGUGCUCCCAUUUUACAGGUGGAGAAAGAAGCUUAACAGUUAUCCAUUGGCGGGUUUCCAACGCCAAGUCUCCUGGCUGGGAGUCCAGGCCUUGUUCCCCACAGCCCGCCGCUCCUCAUGAUUAGAACGAUAGUUGAGUUCUUGCUGCCUACCCAGCAAGUGUUUAUUGAGGGCGUGUUAUGUGCAGACGCAGUGCCUGACGCUGGGGAUGCAAAGGGAUUCUGGAGCGAGAGCAGCGAGACUGGUUUUGAGGGCCUUGAGUCAGGCUCACGGGCUCUGAGGGAGCCUGGGCUGGCCUUUCACACCUCCCUGCCUGCUCCCAGCUCCGUCGGGGCCAUGUCGGAGCGAGAAGAGCGGCGGUUCGUGGAGAUCCCUCGGGAGUCCGUCCGGCUCAUGGCAGAGAGCACGGGCCUGGAGCUGAGCGAUGAGGUGGCGGCCCUGCUCGCAGAGGACGUGUGCUACCGGCUCAGAGAGGCCACCCAGAAUAGCUCUCAAUUCAUGAAACACACCAAACGGCGGAAGCUGACGGUCGAGGAUUUCAACAGGGCCCUCAGAUGGAGCAGUGUGGAGGCUGUGUGUGGUUACGGGUCCCAGGAGGCGCUGCCCCUGCGCCCCGCCAGGGAGGGUGAGCUCUACUUCCCCGAGGACCGAGAGGUGAACCUGGUGGAGCUGGCCCUGGCCACCAACAUCCCCAAAGGCUGUGCCGAGACAGCUGUGAGAGUUCAUGUCUCCUACCUGGAUGGCAAGGGGAACCUCGCUCCUCAGGGAUCGGUGCCCAGCGCUGUGUCUUCACUGACUGAUGACCUUCUCAAGUACUACCAGCAGGUGACUCGGGCUGUGCUGGGGGAUGAUCCACAGCUGAUGAAGGUUGCUCUCCAGGACUUGCAGACCAACUCGAAGAUCGCAGCGCUCCUGCCGUACUUUGUUUAUGUGGUCAGUGGGGUGAAAUCUGUAAGCCACGACCUGGAGCAGCUACACCGGCUCUUGCAAGUGGCACGGAGCCUAGUUCGGAACCCACACCUCUGCCUGGGGCCCUAUGUCCGCUCCCUGGUAGGCAGUGUCCUCUACUGUGUCCUGGAGCCACUGGCUGCCUCCAUCAACCCGCUGAAUGACCACUGGACUCUGCGGGACGGAGCUGCCCUCCUGCUCAGCCACAUCUUCUGGACUCAUGGGGACCUUGUGAGUGGCCUCUAUCAGCAGAUCCUGCUCUCCCUGCAGAAGGUCUUGGCAGAUCCUGUGAGGCCUCUCUGCUCUCACUACGGGGCUGUGGUGGGACUGCAUGCCCUUGGCUGGAAGGCAGUAGAGCGAGUCCUGUACCCACACCUGUCUACUUACUGGACAAAUCUGCAGGCUGUGCUAGAUGAUUAUUCAGUAUCGAAUGCCCAGGUUAAAGCAGAUGGGCACAAAGUCUAUGGAGCCAUUCUGGUGGCCGUAGAACGACUGCUGAAGAUGAAGGCCCAGGCAGCAGAGCCCAACAAGGGUGGGCCAGGCAGCAGGGGGUGCCAGCGCUCAGACGACCUGCCCUGGGACAGCCUUCUCCUGCAGGAGUCUCCCUCCGGGGGCAGCGCAGAGCCAGGCUUUGGGUCUGGUCUCCCGCUGCCGCCAGGAGGCGCGGGGCCGGAGGCUCCUUCCCCUUCGGUGACCCUGGCGGACAUCUACCGGGAGCUCUACGCCUUCUUCGGUGACAGCUUGGCCACCCGCUUUGGCACGGGUCAGCCCGCGCCCACGGCCCCGCGGCCGCCUGGGGACAAGAAGGAGCCGGCGGCCGCCCCGGACUCGGUGCGGAAGAUGCCGCAGCUGACCGCCAGCGCCAUGGUCAGCCCCCAGGGCGACGAGAGCCCCCGGGGCGGAGGCCCCCCGUCGGCCUCUGCUCCCACCGCCUCUGAGAGCAGGCCGCUGCCGCGCGUGCACCGGGCGCGGGGGGCGCCCCGGCAGCAGGGCCCGGGCGCCGGCACCCGCGACGUCUUCCAGAAGAGCCGUUUCGCCCCGCGCGGUGCCCCUCACUUCCGUUUCAUCAUCGCCGGGCGGCAAGCAGGGAGGCGGUGCCGCGGGCGCCUCUUCCAGACUGCCUUCCCCGCGCCGUACGGGCCCAGCCCGGCCUCUCGUUACGUGCAGAAGCUGCCUAUGAUCGGCCGCACCGGCCGCCCGGCCCGCCGCUGGGCGCUCUCGGACUACUCGCUGUACCUGCCGCUUUGAGGCGGCGCUGGCCUCUCAGAAUAAAUCCCGCGCCCGGAAGUGA